GUGAGUUCCUUUAUGGUAUCAGAGCCCAAAAUUCUCUAACGAGUCAAACCUAUUUUCUUUCUUCUUCUUCUUUCAUCUCCUGAUUCUUCUUCCUUCUGCAAAAUGGCUACUGAAUCAUCCUCUGUUUCAUCCACCUCUGCCGCUGCUGGUUCCAAUUCCCUGCCGAUGUCUUCCUUAUCUCUUCCGGCCAAUCCACAUCUGUCCUUCAUGCUCACAUCGACAAACUACCUUCUAUGGCAUGCUUAGAUUACUCCUCUCCUCAGCUGUCAUCGAUUGAUGGGUCACGUUGAUGGCUCUCUUCCUACUCCCCCACAGCUCGUCGACGACAGUCCCAACCCUGCUUACUGGCAAGGUUAUGACCGCGAUCAAUAUGCCCUUACCUGGAUCAAUCUCUCCCUCUCUGAAGCGGUGCUGCCAAAUGUUAUCAACAAAGCCACGGCUUAUGAAGCGUGCUCAGUGUUAGCCCGGAUCUACGCCUCAGGGUCAAAAUAUCAAAUUCGGCAUCUCACCAAAUCUCUGCAACAUCUUCGUCGGGGCACCGCCACUAUUCAUGAUUAUCUUCAGGGCGCUAAGGCCACCGUCGAUCAAUUGGCAGCUCUAGUUCUCAGAUUUCCAACGAUCAUCUUACCGGUUGGAUCCUUGAUGGAUUGGGCGAAGAUUAUCGCCCAUCGUGAGGCACAUCGAGGCGCAUAUGGAACCCAUAAUCUUCGAAGACCUCCACUCUCUCCUGCUCAGUGAAGAGCUUCAGAUUCAACGAUAUUCCUCGCACACUGAAUCUCCUGUGUCGACCGCCUUCUUCUCCAACACUGGUGGCUCUCAUAGACGAGGCGGGUGAGGCCGUGGUUGGGGCUCCUUCUGCGGUGGCCGUUUUAUGACUAAUCAUUUUGUGUCUUCUAACAGGUCCAAUCCCACUAAUGGCGUUCUUGGGCCUCGUCCACUGGUGUGAUGGUUGUUUGUCACAACUGCGGCGAGAGAGGGCAUAUUAAACCUAAUUGCCGAAGUCCUUUCCUCCCCUCCACUCUCUCGGCCCAAUCUGCCUCCUCUGCUGGGUCGGCCUACCAUUAUGGCUCUAACUCCCCCUUCCCAAGCCCAUAUACCCAUUUUGCCUCUUCCUCGGCCCAAGUUUCAACCCACAGCAAUGGUUAUUGGAUUAUGGUACAAAUUAUCACUUGGCGUCUGAUUUAGACAAUCUUGCCCAUCAUUCUGAAUAUAAUGGAACUGGUCAGGUCACGUUUGGAAAUGGUAACUCUCUUCCUAUCUCCCAUUAUGGUGCUUCUAAAACUUCUUUAUCCAAUUUUUCUAUUUCCUUGGAUAACAUUCUGCGUGUUCGUAAUGCUCCUUUCAAUCUUCUUUCCAUUAGCUCUCUUACUUGUACUAAUCCAAUCUCCAUCGAAUUUUUUGACACUCUUUUUGUCAUCAAGGAACGACUCACGGGGAAUGAGCUCUACCACGGUUAUGCAGUCGAUGGCCUUUAUGCACUUCCUCUUCAAAUUUCUCGUCGGCUGUCUCCGCUUGCUUGCGUGGCUACCUUGCAUGUUUGGCAUCAACGUCUCGGUCACGCCAACGAACGUUAUGUCAAGCAGGCUCUUAAUCAUCAUAAAAUAAAAUUUCUUCCCACUUCCCCUUUCUUAUGUCAUGGUUGUGCAGUUAGUAAGAUUCACAAACUGCCAUUUUCUUCAUCAACAUUUUGUGCUUCUGCUCCUCUUGAACUGGUUUGUAGUGAUGUUUGGGGCCUUGCUCCUACUCCUUCUUACGAUGGCCAAUCCUACUAUAUUCUUUUCAAUGAUCAUUAUAGCAAGUUUUCAUGGAUCUACUUCAUUCGUUACAAGUCUCAAUUCCUCAAUGUUUUUAAACAAUUUCGGCAAUUGGUUGAAAAGUAUUUUGGUACACCCAUCAAAACUUUCCAGACUGAUUGGGGUGGUGAGUAUCAAGCGUUAUCCACGUAUUUACUCGAUAAUGGUAUUGCUCAUCGCUCUUCUUGUCCUUAUACCCUUGAACAAAAUGGGUGUGUUGAACGCAAGCAUCGUCACAUUGUGAAUAACGGUCUUGCCCUUGUUCAUCAUGCUCAGGUUCCACAAAAAUAUUGGCCUCUCGCCUUUGACACUGCCUGCUAUUUCAUCAAUCGCCCUCCCACGCCCUUGCUCAAUCAUGAUUCUCCAUUUCACUUCCUCUUUAAACGUCUUCCUGAUAUCUCCAAUCUUCGUGUUUUUUGCUGUCUCUGCUAUCCUUGGCUUCGUCCUCUUACGUCAAAUAAACUUGAAUCUCGCUCUCUUCCUUGUGUUUUUCUUGGCUAUAGUAAACUCCAUAAGGGUUA